AUGAUCAGGUCCAUCCAUGCCGCUCAAAGGUUGGAUUCGCGGGGAAAUCCAACUGUUCAAGUCGAUAUUACUACGGACAGAGGUACUUUUCGAUCUAUCGUCCCUUCCGGUGCGUCUACAGGUGCGAAUGAAGCUAUAGAGCUGCGAGAUCGGGACAAGUCUGCAUAUGGUGGCCAUGGUGUUCAGAAGGCUGUCUUAAAUGUCGGACUCGUUAUCAAUCCUGCGCUAGUAAAGAGUGGGUUCAAUGUUGAUACGGAUCAGAGAAAGAUUGAUCAUCUUCUUAAGAAGUUGGACGGUACGAAGAAUAAGGCAAAGCUCGGAGCGAACGCUAUUCUGGGCGUCAGUAUGGCUUGUGCCAGAGCUGGGGCAGCCCAUUCAGACAUUCCCUUAUACGAGUUCCUUCAACGUGAGUCUGGCGCGCAAAAGCCUUUUGUGAUGCCAGUUCCGUUCUUCAAUGUCCUAAAUGGAGGUGUGCAUUCGGGCAACAAAAUGGCUUUUCAAGAGACUAUGAUAGCCCCUGUUGGAGCGUCGUCUUUUAUGGAAGCAAUUCAAAUGGGUAGUGAGGUUUAUCAACAGCUGAAGAAAAUCAUCGUUGACAAGUUUGGACCAUCUGCUGCCGGUAUUGGGGACGAAGGAGGUUUUGCGCCACCAAUCUCGCAGCCUUAUGAAGCAUUAGGCCUCCUAGUUCAAGCAGUUUCACUUGCUGGAUAUACUGGCAAAAUCAAAUUUGCGAUUGAUCCAGCAUCAAGUGAGUUUUUCCGAGAUGGAAACUACGACCUUGGGUUCAAAGACAAAAGGCCGAACGCGCAAAGCGCAAAACAGAUGAUGGACCUGUAUCAUUCACUCUUGCAGGAUUAUCCCGUCGUCCUCUUGGAGGAUCCGUUCGCCGAAACUGAUUGGGAUAGUUGGACAAAGUUCAAUGAAGGAUGCCCAGUCGAACUGGUUGGGGAUGAUUUACUGGUCACGAAUACGCAAUACGUGCAGGAGGCUUACGAGAAGAGAGCGUGCAAUUCUAUGCUGCUGAAAAUCAACCAAAUAGGGACUAUUUCCGAAGCGAUAGACGCGGCAAACCUGGCCUUCAGUUUUGAUUGGGGCGUUUUCGUGUCUCAUCGAUCUGGUGAGACGACCGAUGACUUCAUUGCGGAUUUGGCAGUGGGCUUGAGAACAGGUCAUCUCAAAUCCGGGGCACCUUGCCGGGGCGAGAGAGUCGCCAAGUAUAACCGGCUCAUGGAUAUUGAGGCAGAGCUUUUGGCAAAGGGUGAAAAAUGCAUUUAUGCUGGUUCACAAUUCAGGGUGGCAUCUAAGUGCUAA